AUGGACGCGCGCUCGACCAUAGAAUCGCGACGACGCCCUGCGAAGAAGGGUGUGUCUUUCUGCCUCAUGGUAGUGGGCGCUAGUGGCUCAGGCAAGACCACCUUCGUCAACACUUUGUGCGAGCAAAAUGUGAUUGAGCACAAGGACGCAGACAAUGCUCAGGCAGCUGGCAUUGAGCUGGGACUCCAGAUCCAGCCCGUAAACCUUGAAGUUGAGGCGGAGGGUAUGCGCAUCGGCCUUACCGUGGUGGACACACCCGGCUUUGGCGACAGCAUCGACAACACAUACAUGUUUGAGGAGAUCCUGUCCUUUAUUGAACGUCAGUAUGACGACAUUCUCUCGGAAGAGUCGCGUAUUCGUCGUAACCCUCGCUUCCGUGACAAUCGUGUCCACGCUCUGAUUUACUUCAUUACGCCGACGGGUCACUCGCUGCGCGAGGUGGACAUUGAAUUCAUGAAGCGCUUGAGUCCGCGUGUUAACGUGAUUCCGGUCAUUGGUAAAGCAGACUCGCUCUCGCCCACGGAACUGCUGGAGUUCCGUAAGCGUGUGAUGGAGGACAUUGAGUACUACGGUAUUCCUAUUUAUAACUUCCCCUUCGACAUGGAAGAGGACCACCCUGACACGAUUGCAGAGAACAGUGAGCUGCGCUCGCUUCUUCCGUUUGCUAUUGUGAGCUCGGAGGACCAUGUGCCGUCGGCGACGGGCGAGAUGGUGCUCGGUCGCGCGUACCCGUGGGGAACUGUCGAAGUGUACAACCCAGAGCACUGUGACUUUGCUCGUCUCAAGGGGGCGAUCUUUGGCACGCACUUGAACGACCUAAAGGAGAUUACACACGACUUCCUCUACGAGAACUACCGUACUGAGAAGCUCUCGCGCGGCAUGCCUUCGGAUUAUGCCGCGGAUGCCUCGCUCCAGAGCGAAGAUCUGAUGAACCAGAGUGUGCGCCUUAAAGAAGAACAGUUGCGUCGCGAAGAGGAGAAGCUGCGUGAAAUCGAGCUUCGCGUGCAGCGUGAGAUUAUGGAGAAGCGUCAGGAGCUCCUGGCCAAGGAAGAAAACUUGCGGGGUCUCGAGUCCCGCAUGCAGUACCCCGCGGCUUAG